CAAAUGUGCCCCCCCCAGCCCGUCCCCUCGGGUUCGCUGGGGCUGGUGGGGUCGCGGCGCGGAGCUAGUGAAACUUCGCCAAUAGCCCUCCUGUUUCCCUGCCCGGGCGGGGGAAGAGCAAAUCACGCCGCGCCGCCUCCUCCCGCUCCUCCUCCCGGGCCUGUGCCAGCCACCCGAUUCUUCAAAGCCACAAAUACUCCAUGGUUGUCUUAAUAUCUGAGGCUGGUCAAGCAAGUGGUCUCUAUUGGCUUGAGGAGUGAGAAUCCUCUUUUUUCUGAGUUAUUGACAGAAUCAGUUUGAGGAAGAAUUUGUGAUUGACAGCUAUGUUUCAGAUAACAAAACAUUUAAGCAAGCUGAUGUUGCCACAGUUGGUCCCUAAUGAUAAUGAACUACCUAUUUUUGGGUAGGCAUCACCCUGAGUUACUUGACUCUUCACAAAGGAUAUGGACUCUUAAUUCAUGGGAUAUUUGUACAGUUUAAGACAUACAUUUCUUCAGAAGCACUAAUGGAUGUUGACAUGCAUUGGAUAAGGUGGUGACCACUGGAAGUAAUCUGUUGCUGUUCACUGCAGAGAGGGUAAAUUGACUCCAUUUGGAGUUCAGAGACGAAGCAGUGUGGAGGUAUCAAGAUGACUGAUCCUAUGAUGGAUUUUUUUGAUGAUGCCAACCUUUUUAGCGAGACGUUGGAAGGUUUGUCGGAUGAUGCCUUUGUACAACCUGGACCCGUUUCACUUGUUGAUGAAUUGAACUUGGGUGCAGAAUUUGAGCCUCUGCACAUAGACUCACUGAACCAUGUGCAAGAUACUCAAACUCAACAAAAGAUGAGCGAAUUUGAGCAGUUAAAUCAGUAUGAUUCACUGAAACUUCAAGUAAAUCAGUCUUUCAGUAGCCCAGCUGACAGUGUUUUAUCGCCACACUCUCAAUUUAAUUGCUCACCAAUCCAUCCACAAAACCAAUCCAAUGGAAUGUUUCCUGAUGUGGCUGAUGGUAGUCCUAUGUGGGGUCAUCAAACUACCACAACUGUUCCAAAUCAAAAUGGGUCACCUUUUCACCAAGGACAUUCUCAGUCUAUGCAGCAAACUAAAAGUUUUGUAGCACACCAUGACUUUGCCUUAUUUCAGGCCAACGAACAACAGCAUCAGUGUGCCUCACUACAGUCGCAACAAAGCAGAAACAACAUUAAUGCAGGGCAAGACGCUCUGAAUCGGCCAAAAAACUUUAUGGAGGUUAACGUAUCUGCUCCACGCAGAGUCAGUGUUACCCAUCCACCUCAAAUUGCUAAUCCAUCAACUUCACAGCAGCCUCUCUCUGUUCAACAGUUUUCUCAAAAUGCCAGUGCUUCAAUACAUUUUUGUGGGAAUCAAGAAGGAAACUUUGAUGGACAAUCUCCAACUAUGACUCCUUGCUCUGUUAAUAAUACACAGCAGUUUCCUUCUCCAUAUUCUUACUCUAAUAACCACAUUUCUCCUACCAGCCUUUUACAGUCUUCUACCGCUCUUUCUACUAGCCAACAAACACAUCCUUUAUCUGAUUAUACUGGAAGUGAUGCCUUUACAUCUCAAACAGGGACCAAGCAAGAAACCACCGAGCACCUCUUAAAUCCUAACACACCUUUGAAUUCAAAUAGUUUCCAAAUGUUGCAUUCAGCACAUCCUCAGGGUAGCUUCAGUAGUUCAAAACUCUCUCCUGUGAACAUUAAUUUUCCAGCCUCUGCGGGUUCUGCUUCUCAGAUAAGCCAUUUCGGUGAUCCUAUAGAAAGCAAUGGUUUUUCAUCUUUGGAUGAGAACUUACUUCAUCAAGUUGAGUCUCAAGCUGAACCAUUUACAGGACUUGAUCCAGAGGACCUCCUUCAGGAAGAUCUCCUACCCCAAUUUGAUGAUUCAGCAUUUGUUCAGGACACUUCAAGCCACAUAUUAGAGCAUGACCUAGAACACCAUAUUACCCCACAGCAAAUAACACAGUCAUCCGAUAUUGCUCGGACACAGUCUCAAAGUCAGAUGCAUCCCUGGCAUUCUUCAGUUUCUAAUCGGCAUCUACAAGACAGAAAUCGUAUAGCUUUGCAAGGGCAGCCUCCCUCCUCCAAGAAGACUGAUGUUUCAGGGACAUAUACUAAAUUGCAGAAUACCCAGGUGAGGGCAAUGUCUGAAAAGAAACAGAAGAAAAAAGUGGAAUCGGAAAGUAAGCAGGAGAAGGCUAAUCGUAUAAUAUCGGAGGCAAUCGCAAAAGCAAAAGAGAGAGGGGAGAGAAACAUUCCACGAGUAAUGAGCCCUGAAAACUUCCCCAGUGUUUCGGCUGAAGGAAAAGAGGAAAAGAAAGGUAGAAAAAUGAAAUCCAAACCAAAGGACAAGGAGAGCAAAAAAACUAAAACUGGUUCCUCAUCCAAAAUUAAAGACAAAACAAAAAUUGGCAAGCUAAUAAUCACAUUGGGUAAAAAGCAGAAGAGAAAGAAUGAGUCUUCAGAUGAAAUGUCUGAUACUAAGCAGACUCCACAGCGGUCAUUUAAAGAUGAGGAUUCUCAGAAGAGAAGAUCAAAUCGUCAAGUUAAAAGAAAAAAGUAUGCUGAGGAAGGAGAAGGAAAACAGUCCGAGGAAGAGGCUAAAGUUUCUGUGAAAAUCAAAAAGAGUUCUGCGCCUUUGCCUGCUGAGCAACCCUUACAGUUAUUUGUGGAGAAUCCAAGUGAAGAAGAUGCAGCAAUUGUAGAUAAAAUUUUAUCCUCCAGGAUAGUGAAGAAAGAAAUAUCUGCUGGAAUGACAAUGGAAGAAGAAGAAUUUUUUGUAAAAUACAAGAACUACUCCUAUCUUCAUUGUGAAUGGGCCACAGAACAGCAGCUUUUGAAGGAUAAAAGAAUCCAGCAGAAAAUUAAACGGUUCAAGCUGAGGCAAGCACAAAGAGCCCACUUUUUUGCAGAUAUGGAAGAAGAACCUUUUAAUCCUGACUAUGUUGAAGUGGACCGGGUGCUAGAAGUCUCCUUUUGUGAAGAUAAGGACACUGGUGAGCCUGUUAUUUACUACCUAGUAAAAUGGUGUUCAUUGCCAUACGAAGACAGCACCUGGGAGUUAAAAGAAGAUGUAGACCAGGCAAAAAUAGAAGAAUUUGAACAACUGCAAGCUUCCAGGCCUGACUCAAGGAGAUUGGACCGACCUCCUCCUAAUUCCUGGAAGAAGAUAGAACAGUCCAGAGAAUAUAAAAAUGGCAACCAGCUCAGGGAAUACCAACUGGAAGGACUCAACUGGCUCCUUUUCAACUGGUACAAUAGACGAAACUGCAUUUUAGCAGAUGAAAUGGGUCUUGGCAAAACCAUCCAGUCAAUUACAUUCCUCUAUGAAAUCCUCCUGACUGGUAUACGAGGGCCUUUCCUGAUCAUAGCUCCACUUUCCACUAUAACCAAUUGGGAAAGAGAAUUUCGCACGUGGACUGAUCUUAAUGUCGUGGUAUAUCAUGGGAGCAUGGUUAGCAGGCAGAUGAUACAGCAGUAUGAGAUGUACUUCAGGGACUCACAGGGACGUAUCAUUCGAGGUACUUACCGGUUCCAAGCUAUUAUCACCACUUUUGAAAUGAUUCUUGGUGGCUGUCCAGAACUCAAUGCAAUUGAAUGGCGGUGUGUUAUUAUUGAUGAAGCACACAGGCUGAAGAAUAAAAAUUGCAAACUCCUGGAGGGACUCAAACUCAUGAAUCUUGAGCACAAAGUGCUUUUGACAGGCACACCACUGCAGAACACAGUAGAAGAACUGUUUAGCCUGCUUCAUUUUCUUGAACCUUUGCGUUUUCCUGCUGAAUCUACAUUCAUGCAGGAAUUUGGGGACCUUAAAACGGAGGAACAGGUGCAAAAGUUACAAGCUAUCCUAAAACCAAUGAUGCUGAGACGGUUGAAGGAAGAUGUAGAGAAAAAAUUAGCUCCCAAGGAAGAAACUAUAAUUGAAGUAGAACUAACUAAUAUCCAGAAGAAAUAUUAUCGGGCAAUUUUGGAGAAGAACUUUGCAUUCUUGUCGAAAGGAGCUGGCCAAGCUAAUGUACCCAAUCUAGUUAACACUAUGAUGGAACUCAGAAAGUGCUGCAACCACCCGUAUCUUAUCAAAGGUGCUGAAGAGAAAAUCCUUGGGGAGUUUAGGGAAACAUAUAUCCCAACUGCUCCUGAUUUUCAUCUACAAGCAAUGAUCCAGUCUGCUGGUAAAUUGGUCCUCAUUGAUAAACUUCUCCCAAAAAUGAAAGCAGGAGGCCAUAAGGUGCUUAUCUUCUCUCAAAUGGUGCGCUGUCUUGACAUCCUUGAGGACUACCUUAUACAUAAAAGGUACUUAUAUGAAAGAAUUGAUGGGAGAGUGAGAGGAAAUCUGAGGCAAGCUGCUAUUGAUCGGUUUAGCAAACCAGACUCUGAUCGGUUUGUGUUUCUUCUGUGUACCAGAGCUGGUGGAUUGGGCAUUAAUUUGACUGCAGCUGAUACGUGUAUAAUUUUUGAUUCUGACUGGAAUCCUCAGAACGAUCUCCAGGCCCAAGCCCGUUGUCACAGGAUUGGUCAGAACAAAGCAGUGAAGGUCUACAGAUUGAUAACUCGGAACUCAUAUGAGAGAGAGAUGUUUGACAGAGCAAGUCUGAAAUUGGGUCUGGAUAAAGCUGUUUUACAGAGCAUGAGUGGAAGAGAAAAUAGUGUUGGUGGUAUCCAACAGCUUUCCAAAAAAGAAAUAGAAGACCUGCUUCGAAGAGGUGCCUAUGGUGCUAUUAUGGAUGAAGAGGAUGAGGGCUCUAAAUUCUGUGAAGAAGAUAUAGACCAAAUCUUGCAGCGCCGUACGAAAACUAUCACAAUUGAAUCAGAAGGAAGGGGUUCAACGUUUGCCAAGGCUAGUUUUGUUGCAUCUGGAAAUAGGACUGAUAUUUCAUUAGAUGAUCCCAACUUCUGGCAGAAAUGGGCCAAAAAAGCAGAAAUAGAUAUAGAUACCAUCAGUGGUAGAAACAGCUUGGUUAUUGAUACCCCAAGAAUUAGGAAGCAAACAAGACCCUUUAGUGCCACAAAAGAUGAGCUGGCUGAGUUAUCAGAAGCAGAGAGUGAAGGGGAUGAUAAACCAAAACUCCGCAGGCCUUGUGACCGCUCCAGUGGAUAUGGAAGAACAGAGUGCUUUCGGGUGGAGAAAAACUUAUUAGUCUAUGGGUGGGGUCGUUGGAGAGAGAUUUUAUCACACGGUCGCUUCAAGAGGCAACUAAAUGAACAGGAUGUUGAGAUAAUUUGCCGAGCACUCCUAGCAUAUUGCCUUGUUCACUACAGAGGAGAUGAAAAGAUAAAAAGUUUUAUAUGGGAUCUCAUCACCCCAACAGAGGAUGGGCAAACACGAGAGCUACAGAAUCACCUAGGUUUGUCAGCACCUGUUCCCAGGGGUAGAAAAGGAAAGAAAGUGAAGACUCAGGCUAGCACAUUUGAUAUACAUAAAGCAGAAUGGCUUCGAAAAUAUAAUCCGGAACAUCUACUGCAAGAUGAAGGAUAUAAAAAACACAUAAAGCAUCACUGCAAUAAGGUCUUGCUUCGAGUACGAAUGCUGUAUUACUUAAAACAAGAAGUCAUUGGUAAUGAAUGCCAAAAAGUGUUUGAUGGAGUUGAUGCCAGUGAAGUUGAUGUUUGGGUCCCUGAGCCAGAGCAUUCUGAGGUCCCUGCAGAAUGGUGGGAUGCAGAUGCAGAUAAAUCCCUCCUAAUUGGAGUUUUUAAGCAUGGCUAUGAAAAGUACAACACUAUUAGAGCAGAUCCCGCACUCUGUUUCUUGGAAAGGGUGGGCAAACCAGAUGAGAAAGCAGUUGCUGCUGAACAAAGAGCAAAUGAUUACAUUGAUGGGGAUGUAGAAGAUCCAGAAUAUAAACCAGCCCCAGCAAUGUUUAAAGAUGAUAUGGAGGAUGAUGCUUCAUCGCCAGGAGAUCUAGUAAUAGCUGAUGGAGAUGGUCAGAUGAUGGAAGGAGACAAAAUUUAUUGGCCCACUCAGUCUGCUUUAACAACACGUCUGCGCCGCCUAAUAACAGCCUACCAACGUACUAGUAAGAACAGGCAGGCCCAGCAAAUCCAACCAACAUUUCCAGUUCAGGCCACUGUGAUGCAGCCUCCAUAUGAAGAAGCUGCUCUAAAUCCAAAAAUGGCAGCCAAGAUUGAAAGGCAACAAAGAUGGACAAGAAGAGAAGAAGCUGAUUUUUACAGGGUUGUAUCCACAUUUGGAGUGGUGUUUGAUCCUGACGGGGGUCGAUUUGACUGGACAAAGUUUAGAGCCAUGGCUAGACUACAUAAGAAAACAGAUGAGAGUUUAGAGAAGUACUUGUAUGCAUUUAUGUCUAUGUGCAGGAGAGUCUGUCGCCUUCCCUCAAAAGAAGAACUUGUAGACCCAACCAUUUUUAUCCAACCAAUUACAGAGGAGCGUGCUUCUCGGACCUUAUAUCGCAUUGAACUCCUGAGGAAGGUACGAGAACAGGCCCUCCGACAUCCACAGCUGUUUGAACGCUUGAAACUUUGUCAGCCAAAUCCAGACUUGCCAGUCUGGUGGGAGUGUGGGACUCAUGACAGGGAUUUACUUAUUGGAGCUGCUAAACAUGGGGUUAGCAGAACAGACUAUCACAUUCUUCGUGAUCCUGAACUCUCAUUUAUGUCUGCCCAGAGGAAUUACAGUCAGAAUAAAGUGGCGCUAUCAAGGACUUCUACUCCACUUUUACAUCAGUAUCAGAUGGCAUUGUCAGCGUCUCCUCUUACACCUCAGUCAAGAUUGCCAGAUACUAAAGGGAAUGCUCUUGAGGAUACAAAAGUUAAAAAUGAAAACCUUAAAGAGGACCCUCAGUCGUCUGAAGAGGAAUCUAUGUCUACUGAGGAAACACGGACAAUGAUGAAAUCUGAACCUUUGAGCCCCAAAAAUGGCACGCCAUUACAGACUACAGAUCACAAACCUGGUGUGAAGAGUGAAACUGACAGGCGUAUGGUUGCCGCAAGGACAGAGCCCCUAACUCCAAACCCUGCUUCCAAAAAACAGAGAGUCAACAAAAGAGGGUCAGACUCUAGUUCUGAUUCUGACUCUGAUUCAGACAGAUCAUCCUGUUCUUCCAGGUCAUCUUCAUCGUCCUCUUCCUCUUCCUCUUCUUGUUCACGCUCCCGAUCAGGAUCCAGCUCUUCAUCCUCCUCCUCUUGUUCUUCAGCAUCCUCCUCCUCUUCAUCAUCUUCAUCUUCAUCAUCGUCAUCAUCGUCGUCGUCAUCUGAAGAGAGUGACAGUGAUGACGAAGAGGCACAAAAGCGAGCAGAAGGAACCCCUCACAUCAAAGCAUAUGACGAAGAGAGUGUAGCCUCUCUGAGCACAACACAAGAUGAGACCCAGGACUGUUUCCAGUUGAACAAUGGGACACCAAAUUCCAACUAUCUCUUGCAAGGUGGAUAUAUGUUGGCUGCAUCCUAUUGGCCAAAGGAUCGAGUUAUGAUUAACCGCCUAGACAGUAUUUGUCAAACAGUGUUGAAAGGUAAAUGGCCUUCAGCAAGAAGAAGUUAUGACAGCAAUACAGUAGCCUCUUUCUACACAACCAAACUUCUGGACAGCCCGGGUGCAGCUGCAGACUACAGUGAACCUAGUGCACCAACACCCCCAACUGCAGGUGUUAAGGAAGAACAUGAUCAGUCGCCACAGAUGCCAAAGGUGAAGAAGCAUGUACGAGAAAAGGAGUUUACAGUGAAAAUCAAUGACGAAGGUGGUUUGAAAUUGACUUUUCAGAAGCAGGGGUUUUCUCAGAAAAGGCUAUUUGAAAGUGAAGAAGGCACGUUAGGACAGCAGCAAUACCUGGCUCGGCUGCGUGAGCUCCAGAAUGCUUCAGAGACCAGCCUUGUCAAUUUUCCAAAAUCCUUACCAGAAUCAGGUGCUUCCAAUCAGUUAACAGCUAAUGCUAAUGGAGUGAUAGUCGACAGCCAGCCUGUAGUCAAAAAGAGGAGAGGAAGGAGGAAGAAUGUAGAAGGAGUUGACAUCCUCUUUAUAAAUAGAAAUAAACCACCUAAUCAUGUUAGUCCAGGCAUUAACACCUCGCAAGUUGCUCCAGUAAUAAACCCAACACUUACUUAUGCUCAGUCCCAAGGUUUACUUGAUGCAGAAAGCCCAGUUCCUGUCAUUAACCUGAAAGAUGGAACAAGGCUUGCAGGGGAUGAUGCACCAAAAAGGAAGGAUUUAGAAAAAUGGCUUAAGGAACAUCCUGGUUAUGUUGAAGAUUUAGGAGCUUUUAUUCCUAGAAUGCAGCUUCAUGAUGGGAGGCCCAAACAAAAAAGGCACCGUUGUCGAAACCCUAAUAAACUGGAUGUUAAUAGUCUCACUGGUGAAGAACGUGUUCAGCUGAUCAAUAGAAGAAAUGCUAGAAAGGUGGGAGGUGCUUUUGCUCCACCACUGAAGGACUUGUGCAGAUUCUUGAAAGAAAAUCCUGAGUAUGGAGUAGCUCCUGAAUGGGGAGAUGUUGUGAAACAGUCUGGAUUUCUUCCUGAAGGUAUGUUUGACCGUAUUCUCACUGGGCCUGUUGUACGAGAAGAAGUAAGCAGGAGGGGGAGACGGCCUAAAAGUGAGAUUGCCAAGGCAACAGCUGCAGCAGCAGCUGCAACAGCAGCAAAUGUUUCGGUCAACCCUUUGCUAGCUAAUGGAUUACUUCCAGGAGUGGAUCUAUCUACUCUUCAGGCCUUACAACAAAACCUGCAAAACUUGCAAUCACUGCAAGUAACAGCAGGAUUAAUGGGAAUGCCUGCUGGACUAACUACUGGAGGAGAAGCUAAGAAUAUGGCUGCCAUGUUCCCCAUGCUACUGUCAGGAAUGGCUGGAUUACCAAACUUGCUGGGUAUGGGAGGACUCCUAACAAAGUCUACAGAAUCUGUUUCAGAGGAGAAAAAGGGAAAUGACUCAAAAGAGCCAGAUGUAAAGAAAGAAAGGACAGAAAACCAACAUGCAAAUAAUGGUGGUGAAGACUCUGUGUCAAGUUCUCCCUCUACGUCCUCUGCUGCUGCCAACCCUUUAGCUCUUAACCCGUUACUUUUGUCCAAUAUACUUUAUCCAGGGAUGCUUCUCACUCCAGGCCUUAAUCUUCAUAUCCCAGCAUUGUCCCAAUCCAAUAUUUUUGAUGUACAGAACACUGAAAACAAUGACACAGGCUCAGCCAAGGCUACAGAGGAAAAGGAGGAAAAUUCUAGGAUUAGAGAUCAGGAAGACAAAGGGGGAACGGAGCCAAGUUCUCAUAAUGAAAACAGCACAGAUGAGGGUUCAGAGAAAGCAGAUGCUUCAUCUGGAUCUGACAGUACAUCGUCUUCAUCUGAGGAUUCAGAUUCUAGUGAUGAAGACUGACCCUAGACUAUGUACUUAAAUUAUGAACUGAUUUUGAAUUUAUUCUUUAAUUAUUUCAUUGUAAAUAACCCAGUGUUGAGCGCAUCAAAUGAUUUAUUGACUGAACUUUCAGUAUUUGUUUAGAAGUGCAAACUGCUUUCAGAGAUGUUUUGCAUGUAAUAUUUCUUGAAGUUCAUAAGUUUCUGAACUUGUAUGUACUAUCAAUACACAAUGGUGUAAAAUUACAACAAAUGGCAUAAUUUUGUUGGGAGGUUAUUUUAUGAAAAUAAUGCUCAGUAAGAGCUGUAUAUUUAAUAUAUUUGCAGUGAACACAGAAUAUUUUAGGCAUAUUAUUGAUUUAAUUUGAAUAUAGUUUUACAGCCUCCUUGACACUUAUAAUUUACAGAUCAAAACUCAGCAAUAAUUUGGGCAGCUAAUGAAUGUCAUGAAAGCUGUAGAAUCUACAUCACCAUCCAUUGCUUUAAUUACAUGAAAAUGCUGUAGUGUUGCGAUGCACUGCUGAUGUUUCCAAUUCAGGUACAAGUGUGUUUAAAAGGAGGAAAAAAGUUUCCCAAUCAGCCAGUUAAACUGGCUAUCUGUUACCUCAGCUGAGUUAGUUUAGGAAGUUUACAUUGGUUUCUAUACUUGUUUUCAGGUUUUGUUUUGUUUUUAAACACACCCUCUAUGAUAUCAUGUUAAUCUGGCAAGAGAUAGGACUGUUUUUUCUCACCAGAAGCGUUCUCUUUGAUAACAGUAAAGGGAAGUUGACACAAAAUAGUCCUAUCUCAUCCUUCUUUGGCACCACAGAGACCUAUUUAGUUUAAACCUUGCAAAGUUUUGGGCUCCCUCCACAGAAAUACAAUGUCCCGAUUGAGGAGUAGUAUCCCCAAAACUCAGAAAAGGCAAACUAUCAUGAAGUGCCACUGAAAAGACCUUUCAACACUGCAUACUUCAUGUAAAAAAAUGUUUGUUUGCUUUGUUUGUGUAGAUUUUUAUUUGUGUUUUAUGUAACAAAGCCUCCUGGAAUUACCAGAUAAUAAUGGUAAAGAAGAAUAUUGAUAGUUUAAAUUCAUUUUGAGUUUAGACUUCUCUACAGGUUUAAAUAUGACUAAAUGUUAUGACGAAAUGUUACCCAAAAUCAUUCUUGAGGUUUAGUUUAUAUAUUAUGCUGAGUUGCCCAAUUUAAAAUAAAAAAAAAAAAAGCACUUUGAAUAGUAAAGACAGAUAACUUAUUCCUGGAAACAACAAUAACAGGGCAUAAGCCAUCUGUUCAAAUCCAAAUCCUUAGAACCCUUUACUGUAUAAAAUCAGUCUAAUAUUUGAUGUGUGAUAUGAUUCCUCUUUCUGCUGAAGCUGCUAUUACUCUGACAUGGUAGAGGCCCAGAUUCACACUUACAUGUUUGAACUGAGAUUUCGAUUGACUUUAGUUAUCUCAUUUGUGGUCCAAGAAUAGGGAAGUGCUCAGAGAGAAUAUAUACAGGUACUAGUAGAAGUCAUUGAAAAAAGCUUUUCAAAGGGAUAAAUUAAAAAAAAAAAAAAAAACUGUAUAUUUUGAUAUAGUUCUGUUGCUCGCUUGUAUAGUAAACAAGACUUUGUUUUUUACCAAGAACUUUUCCAAUACAUUAUAUGUUUCUAUGUGCAAAAUAAUUAACCCCAUGAUUAGAAGCAGUAUUACAUGUAAUUACACAAUUAUACAAGUCCCAUUUGGAUUGUGAAAAUCCCGUUACUGUAUUUUCCCACAAUAGUAUUCUGAUUUUUGGCCUUUCAUACAGUGUCUUAGCAAUAGUGAAAAUUAAAACCUGCCAAGAGAAGGGUGUAGCAAUUCUUCAUCAUGAAGGGAUGUAUUGCAUAUUUAAUAUUUUUGCCCUUUGUAAUAUAGCACUUUUGUUUAACUAGGAUGCAUCUAUGAAAUAGCCAAAGUUUUUCAAACACAGUUAUUAACUUAAUUUGCUGAUGGAGUAUUUCAACAACACCCUUUCCCCACAAAAGAAAUACUAAAUCUUGUGGCUAAAACCUAAUUUAUAUCAAAUUUAUUAAAUAAAGUAUUUUCCUAAUUAUGGUCAAGUGAGUUUGCUUACCGUUCUAUGAUUCUCUUUCUAUGUAAUAAGGCAAUUACAGUUUAAAAUAAUUAAGGCUGAUAUAGACUUGAACAUAAUGUAUUGGAUUUAUUUUUAAUCAUUAUCAAUUGGAAGAGGAAAAAUGUGUCCCACUAUCAGCUAAACAAUAUGCAAAUAUGGUUGUAUAAAGUUAAGGGUUGUAAGGAAACUUCAGUAGAUUUACACUAAUACUGAGGUUACAGUUAAAAGGAUAUCCAAGGUGAUGAUAAAGUGUGUGUUGGUAGUUACUAAAAGAACUUUAGCUAUUACUGCCUUGUAUUUCUAUCCCUUGUUUCAGGCUUCAUGAUACAAGUCUUAGUCCAGUUUUUCUUUUGGACAUUUGCAAUAUUUGCCAGUUGUGUUCUGUGUAGUCUGAAUUUGCUUUCUGUAGUUGAACAAGCGUCUUAAAAAGUCAUUUGUAAUUUAUUGAAUUACUUUCUAUGAUGUUCUAUAGAGGAAAUGGAAGUUUAAUUAUUUUUUAUUAAACAUAUUCUUUGACUACC